GGCUGUUCCUGGGGCGCUCCCGCAGGCGGCCUCCUGACCUCCGGAGCCCGGAACCCGGGUCAUCCACAGCUGGAACCUCCGUAUGUGCGCAGCCCCGGAUUGCGGACGGAGGCCUGGUCCUGCUGGAAGGAGACUUGGCCAGUCUCCAGCCCGGCCUGGCAGCCAGCAGGGCGCCCCAGGGUGGUGUGCAGGCCGGGCAGACCCCUGGCAGCCCGGGCCCCAGCGCCCGUCCCUUGGAGGCGGCCCACGGGGCAGGAGAGGAUGCCGGCCGCCGGCACCAAGGCCAGGGCCAAGGUGACCUUUGGGGACCUGGCCAUCUACUUCUCCCGGGAGGAGUGGGAGCGGCUGAGCCCGCCCCAGCGGGACCUGUACGGAGACGUCAUGCUGGAGAACUACCGGAACCUGGUGUCUCUGGGACUGUCCUUGCGGAGGCCAACCGUGAUUGCCCUGCUGGAGAAGGGGAAGGCGCCCUGCGAGGUGGAGCUGGCGCAGCGGCACCGGGGCGCGGACUCAGGAUCUAAGUGUGAGGCCAAGAAGUUUCCUCUAAAUCAGUGCAGCAAAGCUGGGCAGAGCAUCUACCAGAAGCCAGUUUCUGCACCACCAAAUGUACCCACGGAAAAGAGAGGCUGCAGGAAACUGAUAAAAUCCAAGAAAGUGCAUUCAGGGAAGGGAUCUUUAAAAUGUAGUGACUGUGGAAAAGUCUUUAGUCAAAGCUUCUCUCUCAAACUCCACCAGAGCGCUCCUACUGGAGAGAAACCUUAUGGAUGCAGGCACUGUAGGAAAUCUUUCAGGCAGAUCUCAUCCCUCAUUCUUCAUCAGAGAAUUCAGCACAGAAGGAAAACCCACAAGUGUGCUAAGUGUGGGGAGAGCUUCAUUCAGAGUGCCACCCUGACUCUACACAGUAAAGUUCACAAUGGAAAGGAAACAGCCUUUGGCUGUGGCACGGCCUGGAAGCAAUGCCCAGCUCUCAGCCUGCACCAGCAAGUCUGCUCUGUGGACAGUGUCCCCCGGUGUGGGAAAUGUGGGAAAGCCUUCAGUCGCGUGUCAGCCCUCUUACUGCACAAGAAAAUGCACAAGAGAAAGAAGAAACACGAGUGCAGUGCGUGUGGGAGAUGCUUCAGUAGGAAAUCGGCCCUUGAUAGACACAGAAGAAGUCACUGUGGAGAGGAAAUCGGUGAAGGGGAGACAGCUGUGAGGCUCAGCCUGCGGCAGAGCGGCCCCCACUUAGAAAGUCCUUACGAGUGUAGGAAGUGUGGGAAAUCCUUCGACAGGGUUUCAUCCAUCGUGCUUCACCAGAGAAUCCACACUGCAGACACACCCUACAAAUGUGAUAAAUGUCAGAAGGGCUUCAGGCGGCUUCCUACCCUCAUCCUUCACCUCAGACUUCACAAUGCAGAGAUGCCCAGGUGCCGCGAAUGCUGGAUGGUCUGCAGUCAGCCCUCUUCCCUGCUCCAGCAUCCCAAAGCGCCCGUGAGGAAGCAGAAGCUGUUUGAGUGCAAGGAGUGCGGGAAGAUGUUUUCUGGAACAGCAAACCUGAAGAUCCAUCAGAACAUUCAUUCUGAAGAGAAGCCUUUCCGGUGUAGCAAGUGUAGCAAAGUCUUUGGCCGCCAGUCAUUUCUCAUUGAACAUCAGCGUAUCCACACCGGGGAGAAACCCUAUCAGUGCGAGGAGUGUGGGAAAGCCUUCAGCCACCGCAUCUCCCUCACCCGGCACCGGAGGACCCACAGCGAGGACAGGCCCUACGUGUGCGAGCAGUGUGGCAAGGCCUUCAGCCAGGGUGCCCACCUGGCCCAGCAUGCGCGGAUCCACACCGGGGAGCGGCCCUACGCCUGCGCCGCCUGUGGCAAGGCCUUCCGCCAGCGCACCUCCCUGAUCCUGCACGAGCGUAGCCACACCGGGGAGAAACCCUACGCGUGCGGCCAGUGCGGCAAGGCCUUCAGCAGCGGCUCGGACCUCAUCCGGCACCAGAGGAGCCACUCCUCAGAGAAGCCCUAUGCGUGUGGCCAGUGCGGGAAGGCCUAUAGCCGGAGCUCGUCCCUGAUCCGGCACCAGAGCACGCAUGCCGGAGGGAAAGCCUGAGCGCCGGCGCGGAGGAGUGGGUGGCCGGAGCCAGUGAGGCCAUGGGACAGCUGGGACCCGGGGGGGACACAUCCCACUUUGAGAGCCAGAGCUCAGAAGUCAGUGGUGACCUUGCCGUGGGUCUUGUGUCAGGAACCUGCAGACUCAGAGGCCCCAGCCCCUCGGGGAAGAAUCGAACAAGGAGACGAGGGGCCUAGAGGGGCAACUCCACUUCCGUCUGGACACCAGGGAGACAGCACUGGGGUCUCCGGCCGGCUCCUCAGGGUGCUGGGGAAGGGUUGGAGGGCUGGGGCGGGCGAUGGGAAGGCAGUGUCCAGCACUCUGGGCGUCUGGGGCUGCCUGCCCCGUCUGUGCAGGGGGGUUACGGCUCCCGGGUUGGGUCUCAAGUCUCCCCCAGAGUGUGUCGUGCUGUGAGGAGACCUGACAGCCUAGGUUCAGGGCCUUUCAGGGUCCAGCAUGAGGACCCUGGCCGCUCCCUGUCAGAGGGCACUUCAGCAGUGGUUAGAACCCGGUGCUGGUGGAGGCGGGGCCCCUUUGUGGGGGUCUGUGGUCUGGUGAGCGACAUGAACCACAGCCCCUGAGGACUGGGCCUGUGGUCUGUGCCAGUGUGUCCUCGUGCCAGCACCACAUUGGCCGUCAGUGACUAUGUCAGUCACGUCAGUUCCCGGCUCCAUGCGUUAAUCACACAUUUUGCUGCCAGUGUCAUUUCCAGGCUCUUGGGGACCACACACAGUCCUGCAAUCUGGACCCCACUUGUGGGGCAGGGUUGUAGCAGGCCUCAGGGCCAGUUGAGGGUGACCUGCCUGUCCGUGUCCCCUGAGUCACCACACAGAGGAGAUGGGGGCCUGGCUCCAGUGCCAGGGAGGGUGCACGGGUGUGGAGCCACAGUGUCGUCCUGUCUCCAUGGACACAGGGACCCAUCUUAGUGGAAGAAAGGGUGGGGCUGGCUGGGAGUCAGCGCUUCCCAGGGGGCAGUGCUGGUCUGUUGUCAGGUGAACUGGGGCCCUGCUGGGCAGUGUGGAGUGACACGCCUUCCAGGAGUGGCUGGCUGCGGGCGCCCCGUGUCUCCUUCCCUGGAAACUGCCUGGGGUCCCACUAAGACCUUCCGCGUGGGUGGGGGGCGACAGAGAGGCCGGGCCUCCGGUUCUGGACGCGACCUAGGGGCUAGAUGCGCUCGCGCCAGUUCUGUGGAAAUGCAGCGGCAGCGUUCGAGUGGGGGGGGGG